AUGUUAAAUCCAACUAAUGCUAAUAAGCUUUCAACCUCUUCUUAGGCUCUUUCUAAGUCGGUUCAUUUUUCUCUUGGUAACUCACAAGCACCUGUGAAUUUUAGUGAUGUGAAGGCGGUUUCUGGUAUUUCGAAAUCAGCAAUCGAUCAUCCAUAGAUCGGAUAAGUUACAGGAAUUGAUUGUGGAAUUCACAUGAAAUAAUUAAAAGGAUUUUGUAUAGAAUAGAAAUGCAUUCAUGAAAGAAGAAAAUUAUGUGUUGGGUAUUCGAUAAACUCAUGUAUGUUAGAUGUUUGUGGGCACAUACUUGUGUUCAUAAAGUAUAAGUGCCUGAAUUUGUUAAAUUGUUGACAGACAAAUUAGCAAUUGCAGAGUUUGACUUUUUUGAUAAAGUUCUGAAAGUUGUUAAGAAAGAUCAUUUAUAAAAUGAAAUAGAUGAAAUGUUCUUGAAAAUAAAAAUGGAUUUUGAUAAUCAUCUUAAUGAUUUGUAUUCCUAGUUUAUGUACUGGACAAAGCAUGGAAUGGGAGAUGUAAUCAAGAAAGGCUUUUUGGCUGACUUUUUAUUGGAUGAUAAUGUGAUUGAACAAAUCAUGGACUUGGUAUUAAAGGGAAGAGGUACAUUAUUUGGUAAAAUACAUUAGCAAUGGAGGCUGAAGAUGAAACAAUUUAAACAUGUGUAGAAUUGAUUAAUGCAGAUCCCUAAGAAAUUAAAUUGUUACCAUAAUAAUUGUAAACUACUCUUGUGGAAUGUGAAGAAGUUAUUCGUUAAACUUUGCAUUAACUAGAACAAAGCUUAAUAACAUUUAAAUAAACUCCAUUUGAUUUUAAGCAUGUGAAGGUAAAAAUUAUUAUCAAUAAUUCUAAGGAAGGUGUGGAGAUUCCAAGAUUGAGGAUACCAGGAACUUAGGGCAAUAUUUAAGGUGGAGGAGGUUUCGGAUUUGGUGGUGGAUUUAGUUAAAUCCCACAAACUAAUUUCAUUGGAACUGCAAGUCAAUUACCAAGAACCAGUGUACCACCAACAACAACUCAUUUUCAGAAUAGAUUUGCUUCUGGCUUGGCAUCAUAAUUAAAUGCCAAGUUAUUUAUUGAUGCAAGAGACUUACAUUAGAGUUAGGUGUGGGCUGUUUGUAAGAUUAGUCCAUAGGUGAUUGCUACAGGAGACUGGCAAGGUAACAUAAAGAUUAUUGGAUUGACGAUGGAAGGAUAAUAUUAAUUCAUGUAGUCUUUGAAUCACGGAAAGAAUGUUUAUUCUUUAUUAUUAUCAGAUACAACAACUCUAAUUUCUGCUGGUUAAAAUCAAAAAGAUGAAUGGACAAUUAAGAUUUGGGACUUAGAGAGAUCACAAUUGAUUAAGGAAUUGAAAGGGCAUAUAAAUUACAUAUUUUCAUUAACUCAACCUGUCCCAGGGACAUUAGUAUCAUGUUCAUAUGAUGAAACUGUGAGAGUUUGGAAUUUAUAGAAUGGAUAAUGCAUAAAGGUGUUCAAGGAAUUCAAGACAUCUUUUAAUGAUCUGUUAUCUUGGAAUCAAGAAGAAGUUAUCUGUUGUUCUGACGAUAAAGCUAUAAGAUUAUUGAAUAUUUAGACUGGAGAAAUGAAAAUGCAAUUGUUUGAUUCAUGUUUUGUUAAUGGAAUAGCCAGAGUAUCUUAAAAUGAAAUAGCUGUUGGUAAUUUUAAAGGAGAAAUUUUGAUCAUAAAUGUGACUGAGUAGAAGAUAGUGAGAAGAAUGGGUUCACAUAAGAGUUUUGUAUGGAGAAUUAAAGUAUUUAAUUGUAUUAUUGUAGAUGAUAGAUAAAGAUUUGAUUGCUUCUGCUUCAUUUGAUAAAACAAUUAAAAUUUGGGAAUGGUAGAGUGGAUAAUUGGUUGCCAGUUUAGAAGGACAUUAAGAUAUUGUUAGAUCUAUUGAACUUAUUGAAGAGAUUGGAUUUUUAGUAAGCACUAGUGAUGAUAAAUCUAUAAAAGUUUGGAGAUUAAUUUGA